CUCACCGCGGUUUGAUAGCUUUUCCUUCUUGGCGGGAAUCGGGCGUCCGUGCGCACAAUUCCACGAUCGACAUCACCGCAGCCUCCGCACCACAACUACCACGCGACAGCAUACUAACAUUAUGAAGCGAUCAGGCUCAGGCCGUGUCGCGCGUAAAAUAGGCGCGUACGAUGACGACGAUUCUCCAGAAAGUGGAGCCAGUUCACCGAGCGACACGCAGAAUCGCCCUUCAGGUACGCGCUCCGUGCUAACUCACGGUGUAGAAAAUGUAGUCAAACGCCCGGCAUUUGGGAAAACCAAAAAACGAUCCUCUCUCCGUAUGUCCUUUGGACCCACCGACUCUGGAAAUGAUGGCGAAGACUCGGCCCCAGCAGUCGCGACAUCCAAGAAGUCAAAUCUCAGUCGCAUAGCUAUGGAGAAGUCGGCACAGCUACGCGCUCGAUCGCCGCUCGCAUCAGAAGCAUCACGUGGUGAUGCUGAGGAAUUGGAGGGUCCGUCGUAUAGCCAGGACUAUAUCAAAGAAUUGCGUAAUUCAACACCUUCCACACCCAAGGAUCUGGUGCUGUCGGCAGAAGAGGAGGAGGAAGCCCAGGCGCUUGACCUGGCCUCAAAAUUCGGACCAAAUGCCAGCCUCAGUCUGAAACCGGAAACAUCUGCGAUACCCACCCAAGCUGAGAUUAUGGAGAAGAAAGCUCGACGGAGACGACUCGCUCUUGAACAGGAAAAUUAUCAAAAGGACGACGACCACCCAUGGGCAUCGGAUCACGAUGAUGACGAUGACGAAUUCCGCACCAGUCGCAACGAAAUAUCGCUCCGACCAAGAUCAGAAAAAUAUCCGGAAUCCCGCCUUGUCCAUGACGACGAGGACAUCGCCGAAGGUUUCGACGAUUUCGUGGAGGAUGGCAAGAUAGCGCUCGGACGAAAAUCCGAGCGAGCUGCACAGCGGCAACGGCGAGCGGAAAUGGCAGAGCUUAUCAACGAUGCAGAAGGUGGCUCAGGAGACGACGGCUCCGAUGAUUCGGAAGAGGAGCGCAACGACGCCUUCGCCGCAGCACAAGCCCGCGCGGGUCGUUAUGGCGAGAAACCAACUACAGAAGAAGAUGGCGCCAGGACUCCCCCGAAAACCGCACCUCUCCCUGAUCUCGACGAUAUACUGAAAGCAUUGCAAGCCGAAGUCGAUGCGAAGGAGCAGAGAAAGGAACUCAUUGAGAAGAAACUCGAGGAGCUCAAAGACGACAAAGUGCGCGUGGAACAGCGGAAGACGUACCUGCAAGAGCAAUUGGAGAAGACCGGCCAAGAAUUCGAGAAGCUGCGCCAGGAGGCUGGGUUGCCCGCAUUGCCUGCCAAUGUAGCGGCGGGCAGUCGGCUCAUCACUGAGAGGGGGCUCGACAGUUUGGGUACCACGCCUCUGGCUUCGGGGUCUAAUGCUUCCGAAGAAGAGUAG